AAGAGGAAAGGGCAACCCAAAAGACGAUGCAAAUGAAGGUAACAUUUGUAGGCGUCGUAGCUUGGUUUUGCUUCACGAGCACAACAAGCCAUCCAUCUAUGAUCUAUCCCGCUCCCUCCAUCCGCAAGCAAAAGCUAAUCGAUCUUCCCAUGAUCUCCUUCAAUUGCUACUAAUAAACUACUCCUAUAAUAGAAUCAGUUACCUCAGUUGCUCGUAUAGGGCAUGUUCUCCAAGCUACUCCGUCCCCAGUCCCCACCAUUUCAAAUUGCAAAUAAAACUGCAAUCUCGCAGCGGCUGAUGGAUUAGCAAGCAGGACAAGAGACUGAGAUCCAUCCUCCAGACACGCGCACGCCAAGGAUCGCAUUCGCCAAGCAACGUCGGGUCGGCGGCGCGGGGGCGAUGGAGACGCGGCGGCCGCGGCGCGGCUGGAACAAACGCUUCGUCCUCCCGCUCGCGCUCCUCUGCCUCGCCGUGCUGCUCCCCGGCGCGCUGCUCCCGCCGUCCGCCUCGGCGUCGUCUUCGUCGCCGGCCGCGGGAGGUGGCAGCAGGAAACGCCGGUGGGUUGGGUUUGACUACUAUGUACUGGCGCUGCAGUGGCCGGGCACCAUCUGCCGCGAGACCAGCAACUGCUGCGACACCAAUGGCUGCUGCCGAUCACAGCCUCUCAAGUGGUUCACGAUUCAUGGUCUUUGGCCACAGUAUAACUAUGGGGGCUGGCCAUCAUGCUGCAGACCAACCAGAUUCAACAUAAAUAAGAUCUUAAUGUUGAUGCCGAUACUCGAGAAGUAUUGGCCGUCCUUGUACUGUGGUUCUUCUUCAACCUGCUUUGGUGGAAGGGGGCCAUUUUGGGUGCAUGAGUGGGAAACUCAUGGGACCUGUGCUUACCCUGAAAUACAGGAUGAAUAUGACUACUUCUCCACAGCACUGUAUCUCUACAGCAAAUACAAUGUUACGCAUUUUGUCUUACAGAAAGCUCUGAGAAAAGCACGUAUCCGGCCUACAAGCGGCAGAAAAUACGCCGUUGGCCAUAUUGUUGCCGUCAUUGAAUAUGCGUUUGGGGCAAUGCCGUCACUCGUCUGUAAGAACGGCUCAGUUCAAGAACUCAGGCUCUGCUUCCACAAGGAUUAUCAGCCUCGUGAUUGCACGCUUGAGGCCGGCUCUGCACCGAACGGCAGAAGCUACUGCCCUCGCUACAUCACGUUCCCGUCGUACAAACCGUCCGUGGUGGCCAAUACUACGGAGGGGAUCAACAACCAAUCCAAUGGCGAGGUUCCGAGCUACAUGCGUACGUCUGACUCUGAGUAGCGUCCAGGACUCCAGGUUCUGUGGGCCUCUGCCGAGCCGAGUUUGUAUCAAAUAUCAAUAGAGCGAGACGCCACGGCGUGCUUGCAAAAUUACCGGCCCGGUAUGGUCCUGUAUAAUUCUUUCAUUCACAGUAUCGAAUGACUGGCCACCGCGCACCGGGAUUUGGAAAUGAAAUGUGAAUGUUAAUGUAUAUUAUAUUCACUUGACUGUACCAGAUUCGUGCA